CUUGUAACAGCACAAACACAUCCUUUGAACAUACCCAAGUACUUACAAUUUAAACAUUGAACUGAUAACCCUUUUCUUCAUUGUUUUCAUUGUUGUUUCUCUUUGAUGGAAUACCUCCUUCACUUGUUGACGUUGUUUUGACCUCUAACUAUCGUUACUCUAAGCUUAAAUCUAGAAAGUAUUGCGUAUAAAGACUUUAACACGCACAAAUAAUUAUGAAGUGAAGUCGAAUAGUAUGAAUGGACUUCCAUUUNCCCCCCCCCCCCCCCGGCAAAUCUGAAGGAAUACUUAAAUUAAAUACCCAAGUACUUUGAACAUACCCAAGUACUUGUUGACGUGACUACAUUGGUGGUACGCAUGCACCUAAACCUAAGAGUGACUACACCAAUGGUUAAACAAGUCUAAUUACUCAGUAUGAUAUAUGAACAAACUUUAAGAUGCUUUACUGGGCCAGAGACGAGAAAAAAUAAUAUGCAAAGUGGAACGUUAUUGCUGCAUUUUGUCUUGUACAGUUAACAACUACUAGUAUUACGUGCUUUGUUAACGAAUCUACUAAUCCAGAUUAUUAUAAUGGUCAUCCCUUUGGCAGCUAGCUAGAUCCGCUCUUUGAGUGCAAUUAUGAGUUAACUAAUCAACAACAAAGAGAUUAUCCAAAACAAUAUUACUCAAUAUAGGGAGGUUAUUGCUCAGAGGUCAGGGAGCCACAGAAUAUACUCACUGUUCACUUUUAUGCCCAAAACAUUCUUAAACAUGCACAUGAACACAAUUGUUAGUCAAAUAUCACACAGAAAGCCCAUACGCACAAUACUGAUGAAAGAAAAAUACCAACAGAUGAAAAUCAUGCUUGUAUGUGCAAUGAGAAUGCGCAGACUAGGACCGUAUAAAGUGCGUGUGUUGGCAACCAUCCUCUUGACAUCAACUAUAAACAUUUCAACAGUGACAUCAUACAUCCCGGACUCAACUCGUUCACUUAUGGUUUUCAAAUUUGGCAUAGUAAACUCAUAAGGCCAGUCAUACAUAACCAAGUAUAUAAAAAAACUUGAAAACAUGACUUGAUGAAAUUUACCGAAAGGAUCAGUGAUAACAUGUAGCACAUCAACUUGAUAAUUGAAAGCCCCAGCGUCAGUAUGAUUAUUCAUUAACUGCUUCAACAUUUUCAUUUCAAUUGCCCAGUUAGUAAAAAUCCAAGUAACAAAUAAUGUGGAACACUUUUUUCCACACACACAUGUAUGGAAAAAAGUGUUCCACAUUAUUUGUUACUUGAGUUUUCAGUUUUUACUAAAUGGGCAAGUGAAAAUGAAAAUGUAAAAGAAGUCAAUGAAUAAUCAUGCUGACGUUGGGGCUUUCAAUGAUCAAGUUGAUCUGCUACAACAUGUCAUCACUGAUCCCAUAGGUAAAUUUCAUCAAGUUGAUGUUCUCAAGUUUUUUUAUAUUACUGGUUGUUUUGUAUGGCUGGCCUUAUGAGCUUACAAUGCCAGAUCUCAAGACCAUAAGUGAACAAAUUGAGUCCGAGAUGUAUGAUGUCACUGUUGAAAUGUUUAUAGCUGAUGUCAAGAAGAUGGUUGCCAACACACGCACUUUAUACAGUCCCCAAUCUGCGCAUUCUGUGUGCAUAUGGGCAGACAUGCAUGAUUUUCAGCUGUUGAUAUUUUUCUUUCAUCAGCAGUGUGCAUAUGGGCUUUCUGUGUGAUAUUUGACUAACAAUUGUGUUCAUGUGUAAAUUUGAAAAGGUUUUUGACAUAAAAAUGAACUGUGAGUAUAUUCUGUGGCUACCUGACCUGAGAGCACUAACCUCCCUAUAUUGAGUAAUAUUGUUUUGGACAAUCUCUUUGUUGUGAUUAGUUAACUCAAAAUUGCACUCAAAGUGCGGAUCUAGCUAGCUGUCAAAGGGAUUACCAUCAUAAUAAUUUGGCUUAGUAGAAUCGUUAACUAAGCAAAUAAUACUAGUAGCUGUUAACUGCACAAGAUAAAGGCAAGAAUAAUGUUCCACUUUGCAUAUUAUUUUUUCUCGUCUCUGUCCUAGCAAAGUAUCUUAAAGUUUGUUCAUAUAUCAUACCAAAUAAUUAGACUUGUUUGGGGGGGUGCGUGUCAAGUUUGCGAACCAAAAUGGAAGUCCAUUCAUAAUAUUCAACUUCGCUUGAGAAUUAUUUGUAUGUGUUAAAGUCAUUAUACGCAAUACUUUCUGGAUUUAGCUUAGAGUGCCGCUAGUUAGAGGUCAAAACAAUGUCAACAAGUGAAAGAGGUAUCCGGUUAUGUCUUACCUCAGCAGUGGUUAGGUUAUCUUUUUCAGCUUGGUCACCCUUUGGCUCUGCAAUUGUCUGGUUGAGUUUUCCAUUAGAAGCAUCCUGUUUACCUUUUAAAUUAACUGUUGUGUGCUCGUCUUUUUUCUUCACAACUGAAGUCUACUUAUUUAUUGCCCCUAGAGCAGUCUUUUG